ACACGAGCCAGGAGGUCGUCUGCCGAGCGACCGCAGAAGUGGCCACCUACGCGUUCGUUCCUGCGGUGGUUAAGCCGUGCAAUGUGUGCCUGGGGGAGCCCUUCGUCAUCAAUGCCACCAGCGACUGGGACGGCACCGUGGCCUGGGAAACGGGCUCCUUCGUCACGGCAACCUGCUUGGCGGGGUUUGCCCUCGGGAUCAACCUCACGAGUGUGCCUGUGGCCUGCAGCGAGGUUGGGUGGAUGGAUGCCCCGCCCUGCUAUGAAGCCUGUGUCGACCCGCCCGCCCGACCCCGUGGCCAACAUGACGAGGGACAACGUGACCACUAACGAGGUGGGCGCCGUCCUGCAUUACAACUGCUCGGAAGGACUUCACAUCGUCCCCACGCCGGCCUUCCCCAACCUGACCACCUUCACCACCGUCAGCUGCGACGCCACGAAGGUCUGGCUCGAAGCCGGCCCUCCGCUCGCAUGUGGGAAGGUGUGUGUGGCCGCGCCGCCGAUCCCGGAGGGCUUCCAGCACGACUGGGACAACGCGUCGAGGCUUCUGGGGGACCAGGUCGUGGUGUCCUGUCCCGCUGGCCUUCACUUCCCCAACAUGACGACCUCCACGACACUCGGCUGCGAGCAAGACGGGUCGUGGACAGCCGUGGACCCCGCCUUCUUCCUUUGUCGAGAAGCCGCCACCACCGGGCCUCCUGCGCCUCCCCCGGGGAUGACGAGUUCGCACUCUGACGCGGAGUUCUACUUCGUGGGUUCCUCCGUCAACUUCACCUGCCCCGAAGACACCAUGUCAUCCGACGGCUUGACUUACACCACGAUUACUUACAACAGUACAGGCUGGUUCCCGGUCGAUCCCGAUUUCCAGUGUCUCAACGUAUGCCUUGGAGAGCCUCCCGCGGCGCCGCCCUUCGUCAGCUCCGACUUCGCCGGGUCGCGGGCGUGGGGCUCCGAGGUCACGUACACCUGCCAGUUCACGUUCCGGGGCCUGGGCGCCACCUUCGGGGUCGCCUGCGACGAGGGGGAGUGGUGGCCCUCCGCCCUCCCGGCCUGCGUGGGUAAGGCUUGUGGGGCGGGAGGGGGUGCGGGCGGGGGCGUGGCAACACACACACAGCAGAAACACACUGACUUACACAACCGCAUGCACACAUAG